AGGUUGGUGACAUGUAGCAACAUGAGUUGGCAGGUAAACCGAAUAGGACUGGGACCACCGAAUAUUUAGUUGGACUGAACGUUGGGUCAACUUCAUCUUUCCCAAUAUAUUUCCCUCCUACAGUCCAACUUUCUUCUAAAAAAAAAAUAAUUAAACCGUCAUUUACACCCGUCAUUGACAUAAAAAUGGGGCGAGUUCGUUCGUUCGUUCAUAGUUGCACUGACACUGACGAUGGCCAUUGAUUGAACGUCUAGUAUGACCGUUGACCCCAAAGAAAUCGUUCGCAAAGGCUACGACGCUAUUUCGCAUUUAUACUGCCGUGACAACUAUGAGGGUGAAGGGUCGAACCAGAAAAUGUGGGUAUCGCAACUCCUCGACAUCUUGCCUCCGCCGCCGGCGCAAGUCCUUGAUCUCGGAUGUGGAUGCGGGGUCCCUGCAUCACGCGAUCUGGCUCUCGCGGGAUACACUGUUACAGGAGUGGAUAUCAGCAAAGUACAGAUAGAACGUGCGAAGAAGCUUGUCCCUCAAGGGACAUUCAUCCAGAGCGAUAUUUCAUCAGAAAGUCUCGCUGAUAUUCUACCGCCAUCUGCGCAAUUCGCCGCGGUGAUCGCGCUCUAUGUGCUCAUACACAUUCCUAUCGAGGAACAGCCCGCUUUGAUAAGACGGAUUGGAGAGUGGAUCCAGGAAGGAGGAUACUGUGCGAUGGUUGUUGGUAUCAGACCGUGGACCGGUGAAGUGGGUGGUUGGCUGGGGGCUUCUGAAGAUGUGAAGAUGUGGUGGUCACAGGCGAGCGUUGAUGAUUAUAGGAAGUGGUCAAAGGACGCAAGUUUUGAGAUUGUACGGGAUGAGCAGGCGAAAGAUCUCAUGCCCAAUGAUUCUGAAGUGGCAGAGCACCAGUUUCUGUUGCUUAAAAAGCAUAGAGUCGAGCCUAUGGCUAACCUGUAAAGAGCGUUCCUCAAGCAGUAACAUAUCUGUU